UACACCAUAUAACGACAUAUAUCUGCAGCGAAAAGGAAUACAGGGCUAUAAGAGACGACGCGGGGCUGAGGGGUUUCUAUUCUCAGAUUUCAGUAGCGAUGAGUGCACAGCGCACACCUGUCUAUAUGGGACUUAUACUGUUGAUCUUCACCGCCGGACACAGCAAGCAGAACGCUGCUCCCACGAACUCUAGGGACGGAAGAAGCCUCUUCGAACUGAUAAUGGACAAAGUAAGACACGUGAAGCAGCAUCGGCCAGACGACACUGACGACCUGAAAUAUUCCUCCACCAAACAAGACUAUUCAUUCGAUGCAGAGGAAGUACACAGCUUAAAAUCCUAUCCUGAUGAUCACGUUCUUGAAGUCUUUCCGAGAGAUCUGAGACAGAAAGAAAAGUUUUUACAACACCUGACAGGUCCUCUUUACUUUAGUCCCAAGUGCAGAAAACACUUUAACAGACUAUAUCACAAUGCUAGAGACUGCACGAUACCAGCAUAUUACAAACGUUGUGCCAGACUUUUAACAAGGUUAGCAGGGAGUCAGAGAUGCACGGAAGGUUAACUCAAAUUUCAAAGGAACCAG